GGAGUCGACGCAAUUUGGCUAAAUCCUAUUUACCCGUCGCCACUCAUCGAUUCUGGAUAUGACAUUUCUAAUUAUACUGACAUAGAUCCAGUGUUUGGUACUCUCCAGCUUUUUGAUGAAUUCGUACAACAAGCACAUAAUCGUAGCUUGAAGGUCAUUUUGGACAUAGUGCCAAAUCAUUCAAGCGACAAACAUGAAUGGUUUGUACAGUCAAGUCAAAAGAAUAAGCAUUACAGUGACUACUACAUUUGGGCAAAUGGAUCUAAAGAUAAAAAGGGCAACAGGAUGCCUCCUAAUAACUGGGUGAGCACCUACAGCAAUGAAGCAGGAUCUGCAUGGACAUGGCACAGCACAAGGCAACAAUGGUAUUACCACAAGUUUCACAAAUCCCAACCUGAUCUCAAUUUGAGAAAUGAAAAUGUGUUACAAGAAUUACUGCAUGUGUUUGACUUUUGGCUGAGAAGAAAUGUCGAUGGCUUUCGAAUCAGUGCAGUGUCAUACCUUUAUGAAGAUAAAGAUUUAAGGAAUGAGCUUGUUGUAGGAAGUGGAAACUAUACAUCCGGACUACCAGAAAGCACAGCUCUUGUGUACAAGUUUCGUUCAUACAUUGAUAAUUGGGUAAAAGAGAAUAGCGUGGGAAAGUAUAAUUCUUCAAAGUUAUUAAUUGUAGAAUCUUAUGAUUCUCCUGAUGUAUUAAUGUCACUUUAUGGUAACGCUACACACAAUGGAAUUCCACCUUUCAAUUUUCAGUUUAUCAAGUCUAUACAGAAUACAAGCACUGCUGCAGAUAUUAAGAAGGUCUUGGAAGAUUGGCUCAAGAAACUUCCAAAUAAUACAGGCACAAAUUGGGUGCUUUCCAAUCAUGACAAUUCGAGAGCAGCUACAAGAAUUGGAUUGAAUCGUGUGGAUGGACUUCACAUGAUUAGUUUAUUGUUACCCGGCCAAGCAUACACUUAUUAUGGGGAAGAAAUUGCCAUGUUAGACAGGAGAAUGUUGUGGAAUGAAACAAUUGAUCCUAUGGGUUGUUCAAAGUCAAAAGAAACAUAUGGAAGCUAUUCCAGAGACCCUGCAAGAACACCAAUGCAAUGGAACGCUAACAUCUCAGCAGGAUUUUCAUCUAAUAAAGUCACGUAUCUUCCUGUUCAUCCAGAUUACACAGAGAGAAACGUUCAAUCUCAGCAAAAUAAUGCACGAAGCAAUUGGAAGACAUAUAAAUUGCUUGCUGCUCUUAGAAAAAAUAGAGUAUUCACUCAUGGGGAUUAUAGGUUUGCAACAUUGAACAAUGACCAUGUGUUUGCUUUUAAAAGGUAUUUAGCAAACAAUCCUAUUACGUAUGUCGUUGUCAUCAACUUGGGUCUACGACAAGAAACGAUUAAUUUAAAAUCAGUGUUUCUAGAAUUGGAGGAUCCAGCAGAAGUUGUUAUCGUUUCCAGUAAUGCAGCUCACAUUGCGUCGAAUAUUUCUGUGGUAAAUAUUAUCCUCUCGGCGAAUGCAGCGUUGGUAUUAAAAUUUGAAGAAAACAUCUGCGAAACAACAACUGUUCCCGUCACGGUUCCCGUCACAACCGAGAAAAAUUCUGCCGCUAUUUCCUUCUCAAUAACACAGUUGAUAACAAGUACAAGCGUCGUAGUAACAUUAGUGUUCAAUCUUUUAAGGCGUUAUUGAACUAAAAUACAAUUUUCAAUUGCUACGAAGAUUUGAUUGUUAUUUUGGUUGUUUAAUAAGAGAUUUUGACUACAGAAAAAACGGCAAAUGUACAUUGAAUUCACUUUACACUCUAGCGCGUUCAUAACAUAUUCUAUAAAUAGGAAGUUUAUUUAUAGAAAGAUAUUGGCCUCAGGUGUUAACAUUCGGAUUCUAAGGUGCUGCUAUAAUUUAUAUUAAUGACAACACAAAUACUACUGUUAUUCGUAAAUACGUUUACAAAGCGGCGACAGUGUUGAGUGACUCAUAACAAGCUGAGCAAUCUAAUUCCAGAUGCGUGAAUAACUCCUUUAGGAGCCAGUUGCAUCUCUACUAAAAUCACGAGUAGAAACUCGUACUUUUGAUGGCAUUCAUACAGUACAUAGUACAAAUACAAAUUUAAUAUUUUUACCGUUAUCUAUUAUCGUUAGUAAGCCAAGUGUAAACUAUAAAAAAAAAAAAAAAAAAAA